GACCCAUACACUGCGCAACAAAUACUUGAAAUGAGCACCUCCCAAUCAUCCACCAAGAAGCUCACUCCGGCCGAAGAAUCCUUCGAGCAAGAAAAGGCCCAUAUUACUUCCUACGAGGAAGGAUGGGAUCGGUGGGACGGCCCAAUGUGGCCCAAGGGCACCAUCCAGUGUGAACUGCAAGAUCCACACCACGUCAUGGCAUCGUGUCACGAAUCCCACGACACCGACGAUCGACAUCGGGAGACGACUCCCGGCUCACACUGCGGAGAUCAUUAGCUCCCUAGCCCAUUAUCCCAGCGACCACGACCAGUUCGACCGAAACUCUAAAGCCUGAAUACAUGCUUCAGGCUGACAA